CAAUAUAUUGAAUCUCCUGCUUGCCACUCCGCGUAGCCCCAACCGAAGCGCCGUUGCUUAAAAGCAGUUUAACAUGGGAGUCCCAGCGCUUUUCCGGUGGCUUAGUAAAAAAUACCCCAAAAUAAUCACAGCCGUAAUAGAGGCAGAGGAGGCUGCUAUUAAUGGUUCGGGAAGUGAUCAUUUGGACGCAUCCCUUCCAAACCCGAAUGGUUUUGAAGUGGACAAUCUGUACCUGGACAUGAACGGAAUAGUGCAUCCAUGUACUCACCCUGAGGGCAAGCCUCCACCCGACACGGAAGAAGAUAUGAUGGUAGAAAUAUUCAUUUAUACAGAGAGGGUUGUUAAUAUGAGGUCAAGAAGGUUCAGGGCUGUGCAGGAGGCCCGAGAGAAAGAGAAGGAGCGCGAAGCCGGCAUUGCUAUGUUUGAGGCUAUGGGUCGCGUUGUCAGCGAUGAGACCAAGAACAAGAAGUCGUGGGAUACGAAUGCAAUCACGCCAGGUUGCUUGUUUCGCAUUCUCAAUUUCCAGCUCCACUGAUGAUCACUUUUCUCAGGCACGCCGUUCAUGCAGUUGUUGGCUGCAAGUCUGAGAUAUUGGGUAACACGAAAGCUAAAUACCGACCCCGCUUGGAAGAACUUGAAAGUGAUCAUAUCCGAUGCUAGUGUCC